AUGGCAGAAUUCAUGCAUGAGAGUAUAGAAGAGCAGGAAGGAAAUGUACCAGAAGAAGAAUUGGAAUUUGCACCGGUGGCACUGGAUGAUUCCCUGCCAGAAGUAGAGGAUCCUUUACAAGAAAUAAACCUGGGGACAGAAAAGGAUCCCAGACCUACUUUCAUUAGCACAUUACUAGAAGAGCCAAGGACUGGUGGAGCACAAGUUGCCAAUAAAGAAGGAUACCUGCCAGUCAAACAGGCCAGAAGAAGGAUGUCUAUGGAGACAGAAUUCAAAGUCAAAGAAGAAGUGGAGAGGCUGGUUAAAGCAGGCUUUAUCAGGCCAACCAUCUAUGCUGAUUGGUUGUCCAAUAUUGUACCAGUCCUUAAAAGGAAGACAGGGGCAGUCAGAAUAUGUGUGGACUAUAGGAAUCUGAAUGAAGCAUCUCCAAAAGACGAGUAUCCAAUGCCUAUGGCAAACAUGCUAGUAGACAGAGCUACUCAUAAUCAAAUGCUAUUAUUCAUGGAUGGCAAUGCAGCAUACAAUCAAAUUACGGUGGCAGAAGAAGACAUCCACAAGACAGCUUUCAUGUGUCCAGGACAUACAGGUCAUUCUCUAGAAGUUUAUAUAGAUGAUGUGGUCAUUAAGUCCCCAGAAAAAGGAGAUCAUGUAUCAAAUCUGAAAAAGGCAUUCCUAAGAAUGAGACAACACAAGUUGAAAAUGAAUCCCAUGAAAUGUGUUUUUGGGGUUCAAGCUGGCAAUUUCUUGGGUUUCUUGGUCAACCAAAGAGGAAUAGAAAUCGACAAGAACAAAGCAAAAUCUAUCAUGGAAGCUUUGCCACCUUGGAACAAGAAAGAAUUGCAGAGUCUCCUAGGAAAGAUCAACUUUCUAAGAAGAUUCAUAUCCAAUUAUGCAGGAAAAAUCUAG